UUUGCACUGGUGGGUUGAUAGAAUGAAAACAGGCACCAGAAGAAUCUAUUCAUUCGUGGUUGUGGACUGCUUUUUAACUUGAAGUACAGGACGCUGUAAUAUAUAAAGCAGAUUUAUUUUAUUGUAUGAGGUAUAUAAGAAGAUUAUUUCCUCAAUCUGGAUUGAGUUACUUGUAGGGAUUGUAAACUAUAGUCUGCAAUAGAAUGGCAGACCGAAAAGCAGUGAAAAUUGUCAGUGGUCAACCAGACUUUCUGCAGUUUAACAACCUGGCCUGUGAGACAGCUGGAGGGAAAGUUAUUUUUGCUACAGACGAAUGGUUUGCACCAGCUAGCAAUCUUUUGAAGAGAGAGCCCCCAGAGUUCAUAGCUUCUGCAUUCACCGAGUACGGAAAAUGGAUGGACGGCUGGGAGACGAGAAGGAAAAGAAUACCUGGUCAUGACUGGUGCAUCAUCCAGCUGGGUGUACCUGGCAUCAUACAUGGCCUGGAUGUGGACACGUCCUUCUUUACUGGAAACUACUCGCCCUCUGCCUCUGUUCAGGCUGCAUGUCUGGAUGAGGCCCCAGCACUGACCCUGGAGGGAGACCGCACUGGCACGGCUGCUUCCGAGAGUCAGUUUGAAGCAGUUGCUAAGUUGCACUCUGAGUCGUGGGAGGAGCUUGUUCCUGUGACAGAGCUGAAACCUGGAUACUCCGACACCUGUCAUAACUACUUCCCAAUCGCCUACCCCAGCAGAGUCACCCACCUACGACUCAACAUGUACCCAGAUGGGGGGAUUGCUAGACUGAAGGUCUAUGGCGUUGGGCAGAAAGACUGGUCUGCUCUGCCCACACAGGACCAGCUGGACCUGGUGGCCCUGGUCAACGGUGGGGUCUGUCUGGGCUACAGCGACGCCCACUUUGGCCACCCCCGGAAUAUGAUUGGUUUGGGAAGAUCUGCAAACAUGGGCGAUGGAUGGGAGACAGCCCGUCGACUGGACAGACCCAAAAACCUACAGGUGGAUGGGAAGGGCAUCCUACAGGUACCAGGUUAUGAGUGGGCCGUUCUCAGACUGGGGCAUCCCGGAGUCAUCAGCCAAAUUGAGAUAGACACCAACCACUUCAAAGGAAACUUCCCAGACUCCUGCAAGAUAGAAGCGUGCUAUCUGACCCCCGAGGAGGAAGGGAAGUAUGUGAGUGGCAGGUGGAGCAGCGAUCCAGGGAACAAAUGGCGGGUGCUUCUGCAACCUCAGAAACUGCAGGCCCAUCACAGGCACUUUUACUCAUGUGACUCACUGGCGCUGUCUGGGCCGGUCAGUCACGUGCGUCUGGUCAUCGCCCCAGAUGGAGGGGUCAGCAGACUCAGACUCUGGGGACGUCCGACUUCCACAAGACACACCUCCAAACUGUGAUGCAUUAGGCCACAUUAUUGGAUGAGUUUUGGUGAGCUCAUUGUGGAAAUGAGUGGCCUGAGUGUAACAUGUAGGCUACAUAUGAAGCUUAAAAAAUAAACUUUCAUCUGAAAAGAUACAACUGGGUCUAAGGAGAUGCAUAAACUAUGUAUUGUUUGACAUUAUUUUUGAGUUUAUAACUUGUAUUGGAUGCAAUUAUAUUAAGAAAUCUUGCUUAGCUGCAACAGUGGGUCUCAGGGUUAAGCCGUUAUAGGAAACAAUGGUGUGUGUUGUGGUGUCAAUGCCAUGUGAAGAAUUGUAGCAGACAGUAAACAAACAAGUGCUUGCACUUGUUGGGGAUUCAGCACCACGGACAGCGGUAAUUGGAAUCCCCACGAUCUGACCUUCAGACACUAUUUAGGCCUAGUCGUAGGUUUGCACUGUAAACAAGUCAAUAAUAUUGUAAUUUUCCAUUUGUUUCCCACAUUCAGAGUGCUAUCUAGCCUUAUCAACCGCAAACGUUUUUUUGUCAUGUUUAGGCUACAAUGUAGGUAAAAAGUGAAAUCAGACACGCCGGCCUACUUAAUGUAGCCUAACAUUUAUUUUGCCAUGUGACUAAUAGAUAAUAAGAUGGAAGUAGACCGAAUUUUAAACAGCUUAAUAUCUUUGAAAAAAUGUGUUGCUAAUUUGUUACAGACUUGCCCUGUUAAACAGAGUCACGCUGCCACCUAGUGGAUGGACUUAUCUUCAACGUUUUCAUUUUGAAGACUGAUUGAAAAUACUGUUAUUGAAACUAAAAGUAUGACAAACAAUUUCAAUCAAAUACUUUAAAAAAGUUUGCAGUCAAGUGCCCAUCAAUAUCAAACUAUAGGUCUAGGCAGUCUGUCUUCUCUUUCCUUAGAGACACAGCUAUCUCACAUUCAUCCUUGAAUCUCCUAUUUCAUGUGGAUGCAGCUGGUGUAUCUGUGAUGCCAAAGUCACUGACAUAGUAAAACUGAAAUAAUAAAUAUGCCUAUGAACUGCAAUUAAGUGUAGGCCUAUUUCUGUAUUUGUUUAUCUGGAUAGUCUGCCCUACCCCAUUACUUUAAGUGAAAAUUGUUCAUUGCAGCCUACCCAAUGAGUUUAAGCUUACAAAAGAUAUGCUGAAAAAUAUGGUAGCCUACAUGCAUGUGUUCUAGUGGCGUGCUGGUGAUAAUGGGAUUUAAUUAAAAAGCUAGUUUGGAAAAAACUGUCCAAAGCUUUUGAGUUCGUCUUAGCUUUUGGGUUCGUAGUAUAUCAUGAUGACUAAUUCAAAGCGUAAGACAGUGAUGAGGGAAAAGUGGAUCGUACAUGUUCUACCAAAACAAAUCCACAAUAGGACGGCAUAGGCUACAGUGCAUUCGGAAAGUAUUCAGACCCCUUGACUUUUUCCGAAUUUGUUACGUUACAGCCUUAUUCUGAAAUGGAUUACAUCAUUUUUGGACUCAAUUUACACACAAUAUCCCAUAACGACAAAGUGAAAACAGGUUUUUAGACAUUUUUGAAAAUAGGUUAAAUGUAAAACAGAAAUACCUUAUUUACAUAAGUAGUCAGACCCUUUGCUAUGAGACUCGAAAUUGAGCUCAGGUACAUCCUGUUUCCAUUGAUCAUCCUUGAGAUGCAUCUACAACUUCAUUGGAGUCCACCUGUGGUCAAUUAAAUUGAUUGGACAUGAUUUGGAAAGGCACACACCUGAGGUCCCACAGUUGACAGGGCAUGUCAGAGCAAAAACCAAGCCAUAAGGUCGAAGGAAUUGUCCGAAGAGCUCAGAGACAGGAUUGUGUCAAGACACAGAUCUGGGGAAGGGUACCAAAAAAUGUCUGCAGCAUUGAAGGUCCCGAAGAACACAGUGGCCUUCAAUAUUCUUAAAUGGAAGAAGUUUGCAUCCACCAAGACUCUUCCUAGAGCUGGCCGCCCGGCCAAACUGAGCAAUUGGGGGAGAAGGACCUUGGUCAGGGAGGUGACCAAGAACCCGAUGGUUUACAUCUGGGGGAAACCUGGCACCAUCCCUACAGUGAAGCAUGGUGGUGGCAGCAUCAUGCUGUGGGGAUGUUUUUCAGCGGCAGGGACUGGGAAAUUAGUCAGGAUCAAGGGAAAGAUGAAUGGAGAAAAGUACAGAGAGAUCCUUGAUGAAAACCUGCUCCAGAGCGCUCAGGAUUUCAGACUGGAGCGGAGGUUCACUUUCCAACAGGCCAAUGAACACAGCCAAGACAAUGCAGGAGUGGCUUCGGGGGAAGUCUUAGAAUGUCCUUGAGUGGCCCAGCCAGAGGCCGGACUUGAACCUGAUCAAACAUCUCUGGAGAGACCUGAAAAUAGCUGUGCAACGAUGCCCCCUAUCCAAACUGACAGAGCUUGAGAGGAUCUGCAGAGAAAAAUGGGAGAAAAUCCCUAAAUACAGUUGUGCAAAGCUUUUAGCGUCAUACAGAAGAAGACUCGAGGCUGUAAUCGCUGCCAAAGGUGCUUCAACAAAGUACUGACUGAAUGGUCUUAAUACGUAUAUAAAUGUGCUAAAUCAUUUGAAUACAUUUGCAAACAUUUCAAAACUGUUUUUGCUUUGUCAUUAUGUGGGUUUGUGUGUAGAUUGAUGAGAAAGAAAAACAAAACUAUUGAAUCCAUUUUAGAAUAAGGCUGUAACGUAACAAAAUGUGGAAAAAGUGAAGGGGUCUGAAUAGGACCAUUUCUGUGUUUUGACUUGCAGAGAGUGGAAGAGGAAUAGUAGUGGCAAGAAGCCAGGGGAGCAGGGCACUGACAAUGAUGCAGGUAAGAGAUAUAGGCCACAGCAUUGGUUCUCUAUAUCUGUCUUUGCAGGCCAAUUGUAAUCAGUUUUCAAUGAAACUGUCAUCCUGACUACAAUAUUUGACUACAGUUAGACUAAAGGUUGCUUGGAGAGUUUUAUUCAAAGAGACCUAUAAAACAAUUAUAUCACUAUCAGAACAUGGUAUUGAGAGACAACGUAGAUUUCUCUUACAUUUUCUUCUACUUCCUCAAGGUGCUGGAAUAGCUGUGCUCCUGUUGUCUUUGUGCUGACUUGCGGUAACUCUGUGGUUCUAAAUCAGUAGUUGUAUCGUAAACUAUCGAAAAACAUGAACUUGUUUGACCAUGCUGCAGGUGAUAAUUGUUUUGUAGGCAACGUUUGCUUUGUGGAUUUCACCGGACAGAUGUUGGUCUCUGGUUUUGUGAUGAAACAAACUAUGUGUAGUUGAAUUUGUUCCCCCACUGUGGGACUGUUGUCUUUUUGUUGUCACGGCCUUAUUGUAUAUCACGGUGGCGUAUGAACACAUGGAUUACAGAGCAAACAACGCAAUUAUCACAACAUAGGUUGUAAUAUGGCUUUUUUUGCUGGCUUGGCUUGGCUUCCUUAGUGAUUUUACCCACGCACCGCUACUGUGAGUGAGAUUGAUUUGAUCAUGCAUUGCUUGUUUGUUUUGAAGUUCCUAGAGCUCAGUGAAAGUCCACCUAGGGACGUCGGAGGACAGUAUCAUUAGCAGUGUCCAGGAGCAACUGUCUGACCAUGAGAUGAUGUCCUCUUGCCCACCUGAGCUGACUGCUGGUCUUUUCAAGGAGGUGAUUGAACAGCUCAACUCUAUCUGUGACCAUCAGCAGAACCCUUUCUGGGCAGUCCUCCCCUGUUGCCUCUGGUACUCCGGCAACUGAACAGAUGGUCAACAUGGUCCAGAAGUGUUGAUCACACCAAUCCAGAGGACGAAUUAGAUGUUGAGUCCUGCAUUCCACCUGCGACAGACAAGGUGAUGACUGUAUUUGAAGACAUGUUGGAUAAAUGGAAAAAAAGAAGAUCCGGGAAUCGUCUAAGCUGCUUUGAGAAGUGGCUGUGAAAGUUAAAAUGUUGGCAUUUGGCAGUGUCCUUGCAUUGGAGCACCUGGAUGCUGAAGACUCUCCUGUUCCAGAGAACCUGAACAUGCAGUUUAUUGAAAGGCAUUGGUGGAAAAACCUUGACACUCUGUCAAGUGCCAAGUUCAACACCAAAGCUUCAAUGGCUGUGGCCGAGACGGUAGCGAGAAGGUUUUGUAGCGUUACCUCUUUUUUGGUUCAGACUUCCCAUUCAUUUAGUGCCACUCCCAGCUUAACGAAUACAUCUGGCCCAUCUGACAGGAUCCUUGAUUUCCGUGGCCAUUGGGCUCAUACAGACAGAUGUGGAUUUGGAGGCGUCAAAAAGAAUUGACAACUUUGUUGAUGAUGUCAAAGAUCUUGUGAAGGAAGCUGAAUUAGAUAAGCCAACAAGCACACAGAGAGAUCCCCAAAUGGCACAUUGCAUGUCAAAGCAAAGAACUAUUUCAAACUAGAAAAACAAGCCAAAGCAACAAUGGCUCAAGGCAAAGCAAUCCUCAGCCAUAUUCUGUCACCGUUUGACCAAACGGUUUGACCAAACGGUUGACAACAGGAGAGCUUUCACAAAUAGAGAAUGUGGUUGGAAUUAUGCUGGAGGACAUUGAGAAGGUAAGCAGUGGAUGUGGUGACCUGGAAUCCAUUUUCCUAUUUGCCAAGGUCAUCAGCCAAAUUACGGAAAAGAGUGGGGAUUUGCUCUCCCUGGCCCUCCCAUCCCUUCUGAAUUACCAGAGAGUAAUACUCCACCCAUUGUGAGAUGUCCAGCCAUCGACAUGAGUGAAUACACUGAGCCAGAAACAUUGGUGUUUGGUGCCAGGAAAUCCAUUAUCUGCUAUAGCAGAUACCAUCAUGAAGAAGGUAUAUCCAGAGGAAGAAGGGCAGGUUACUGUGAUCUGACAGCUUGGAGAGCUAGAAUGGAGGAGGUCAUAUAUCAGAGUAGGAUUGGUGCUCUCUCCCACGAUCUUACUCACCAAGUCAACCUCAGUGACAGUGGCGGCUGGAAAGAUUGCAUCCGAUACAGUUCGUACUAAGCUGAAGAGAAAGGACAAGAAGGUUGGGAAUCCAACAGCUUAUGAGCUUGUUCAGCUGUUUGCAUCCUAGCCUUGUGCUUUCUUUAGCAUCAAUGAGUUUGGCUCAGGGAGUCAGUGUGUUGUCUAGCACGUCCGAAGAUAGGAUUUCCUGCUCCUCUUCUUCAUCAGUAUUCAGUGAGUGGCACAGUCAGUCUGUUUAACAAAGUUAUGGUAAGCCAGGUCAUGGACUCUGGUUUCUGAUGCCCAAAGCAGAGUGUCAUCUUCAACCGAGGGACCAGAAUCCCUCCAAGUAUCUUUGUCCGCUGUCACUGACCUAGGCAGUUUAAUGAGUGGCAAGUCAUCCCCUCGGCCAUCUCUCUCCCGUGUCAGUGUAUCAAUAAGUGAACCCUCCAAAGUAGUAUGAGGCUUUGAAGCCAACAUGGAUGGAGAGAAAGAAGAUACCACCAGUCGUUCUGGUGUAGCUCAGAAAAUCGUCAGUGAUCCGAUGUCGACGGGCCCAGAUGUGGUCAAAUAUGCCUCGCCUCCAUCCCAAUCCUCUGACAACUCAGACAUUGAUAAAGCCUUUUACCGGCCUCGUCAACAUGCUAAGAGUGAGGCUUCUGUCCAAAAUCCAGUUGAUGUCGCACGCACAUCACAAGACCUGAUCCCGACAGUAAUGGCUGUCUUCUGUGCGACGUCAGGCUCCUCUGAGACCCAAGCUUAUCCAGACAGCCUGAGGAUUCAUAAAGAGUACAGGGCCGUGUACAAACAUCUGUUGGAGGAGUUUAGCUCAGAGACAAUCCUCUAACUGGCUGUGUCGACUCACGACUAUACCUUUUUGAUAGGAUUCUUGUCAAGUCCUUGAGUAAAGAGCUCCCCGACAUAUGUAAUAAGGCCCGCCUCAAGAACAUUGUUCGAAGCCACCGGAUCUAAAGCUUUUCCUCUGGCUGAGGAUGCGAAGGCUAGCCAAGGGAAAUUCUCCUUCCUACAACGGCUUGCCAAAAUUGUUCAAUGUGAGUAAAUAACUCAAUUGUGAGUGUCCCAAAUAUAAAACCAUCCAUUCAUUCCUGAAUCUUUCUGGUGUGUUAGAUCCGGUUGUUGUUCUUAUUGUUAUGAGGUUGUUUUUUCUCUUCCAACACUUAAUCCUCAAAGAAGGGGAACAAAUAAGGAUUCACACCUCUCAGAGUCCGAAGACCAGACUACUGCUGAGUAGCCUGGGUAAGAACAUACAGCGGGACAUUUUCGAUUCGAUAUUGGUGUACAAAGAAAAGCUAUUGCAGAAUAACAAAAAAUGAUCUAGUCUAGUAGUCUCUUAUGUAAAAGUGUUUCUAUUUUCCAAAACUCAAGUUGCCGGUUCUCAUGUAUCGGUGUAAUUUAUGUUGUAACUGAGAAUAGAUGCUAUCGUACAUUAUAACAUCAUUCCUAAAUGAAAGUACAUGUCAAAUCGGUCUCCUGUAGUGCCCAGUGUAACGGAUGUGAAAUGGCUAGCUAGUUAGCGGGUACGCGCUAGUAGCAUUUCAAUCAGUUACGUCACUUGCUCUGAGACUUCAAGUAGGGUUGCCCCUUGCUCUGCAAGGGCCGCGGCUUUUGUGGAGCGAUGGGUAACGACGCUUCGUGGCUGUCAGUGGGUUGAUGUGUGCAGAAGGUCCCAGGUUCGCGCCCGUGUCGGGGCGAGGGGACGGUGUAAAGUUAUACUGUUACAUUGAUGCUGUUGACCCGGAUCACUGGUUGCUGCGGAAAAGGAGGAGGUUGAAAGGGGGGUGAGUGUAACGGAUGUGAAAUGGCUAGCUAGUUAGCGGGUACGCGCUAGUAGCAUUUCAAUCAGUUACGUCACUUGCUCUGAGACUUCAAGUAGGGUUGCCCCUUGCUCUGCAAGGGCCGCGGCGUUUGUGGAGCGAUGGGUAACGACGCUUCGUGGGUGUCAGUGGGUUGAUGUGUGCAGAAGGUCCCAGGUUCUCGCCCGUGUCGGGGAGAGGGGACGGUGUAAAGUUAUACUGUUACACCAGCAUAGUUCCACAUGCUGCCACGUCUGCACUGCCAGAGGAUCUUCCUUCCACGUCUCAACAGGAGAAAGCUUGCAUACCCUUGUCAUCAGGAUGUUUUCGGUGAUCUCCAAAGACCUGUCCAGGCCCUUCAAGCGGUUCUCAAAGAGAAAGUAACCCAACCAACUUGAUUAAUAAUAAUCAUUAAUAAUUAAUUAAUAAUUAAUUGAUUAGUAACCAGCUAAUAUAUUAAAUAUCAUUGCAUGAAUUGAUGGCAUUUCUGACUUCUUGUGGGGGUCAUAUGUUAAAUCAGAUUAGAAAAUAUAUAUAUAUUUUUUUGCCACACGGUGGCAGGUAGCCUAGCGGUUAAGCGUGUUGGGCCAGUAACCGAAAGGUUGAUGGUUCGAAUCCCAGAGCCGUCUAGGUGAAAAAUAUGCCAAUGUGCCCUUGAGCAAGGCACUUAACCGUAAUUUCUCCUGUAAGUCGCUCUCAAUAAGUGGGUCUGCUAAACUGUAACGCACACAUUAAAUACUUUAUUUGAAUCCACCAAUCAAAUGUAUUUUAAAAAAAGGAUACAAACAUUUCAAAGGUCCCUGUAUGCAAGUCACUGAAGGGUACAGGGGGCACAGAAAGCAUAUCCUUCUUCUGCCUACGACAGGUGAAACAGAGGAGUACCCAGCCGCCAACAUCUUAGGCUAGUUUUUGCCAGGCCCACAAUCUGGAGGCCACGCACUGCAAGCCUGUGUACGUGGCAGAGACCGGCAAAUAUCAGUGCCAGCAGCUUGCACCUCCACCCAGGCUGUCCAAGCAUGAGGGGCUGGUAUUUAAGAAACUAGACAUCAAAUGAGCAGCCCACUUCCAAAAUGAGCUGUCAUUGUGAGGAACUGUAGUUUUAUCAGACAUUUUUUCUGUUUCGUCCUGUGAUGUGAGUGAUCUGUUUUUUCACACACACACACAACACUAAAUACUUCAGAUACUUCCUACCUCAGUCUAAAAUAACUGAUGCAAUAUUAACUACAGACCUACAAAGUGAAUUUGGUGCCAUAAUGCAUAUCAUACCUGCAUAUAUCCAGUAGGAAGCAACAUAUACGGUAUACACAGGACCACUACAUUCUAUCAUCAACCACUCAUAGGAAUAUAGUUUUAUUUAAGAUUUUUCAAGGGGUGCUAUAGCACCCUCAGCACCCCUACUUCCCUCAGUUAUGGACACAGGACCAACUGAUAAUGUACUACCAAAACUAUAAAUGCGAUUGAACAUACUCAGGCUUUGGGCUAUCAAAUACCAUGAAGACAUAACGGAGAUAGGCCUACGUGAUAUAAUUGCCCAAAUUGUAGUGGGUAGAGAAUGAAUGAGCAACCAAUGAUGACCUGUAACGGAGGCAUCUUUGACCACAUGCUGGCGCCAAAACACAUCGUGGGAUUCAAUCACGAUUUAUGGCGUUGUCCGGAUGGAGGGCGUAAGUUUUCACAUUUUAGGGGCGAGGCAUUCCCACACUUGCAUCUUCCCUCCGGAACGAGACUCUCACGUUGCGCACAAUAGUUAUUGGCGCCAUCAGAGGUGUGAAGACUGAUCAAACUUGAGUUGACAUAUGAAAUGUAACUGUAUGAAUUGAAUUGUCAUGUUUGUAAUCUCAUUAGCUAAUAAAGAGCUGAACAUUUU